UUGAACAUGACUCUAUAUCAUUUUGGUAAUUGUGUUGCACUAGUCUAUGUACCCUACUAUAUGACCUAUAAAUAUUCCGGCCUGUCAGAAUAUGGUGCAUUUUGGAAAUGUGUACAGGCUGGCGGUAUUUAUGUAUUUACACAAUUAUGUAAAAUGCUGGUACUGGCCACAUUUUUCGAUUCGGAUUCACUGGGAGGUGGUGGCACGGGUGAUUUUAACUUUUUGGCGGAAUUCUUACGCUGUAGUGUGGAUAUUGCCGAUUUAUUAGGCUUUGCUGUGAUUCUCUCACGUAUACCCGGCAAGGGUCAUAGUAAAUUAAUUACUGCCGGCCUGGGCUGGGCUGCCGCCGAGGUUGUCCUAUCGCGCGGCAUUAUGCUGUGGGUCGGUGCCCGGGGUACCGAAUUCAGUUGGAUUUAUAUACAAAAAUGUCUCGAAUCGAAUGUGUUAUUGAUCCAACACAUUACCACUGCUACAUUGGUAUGGAUGUUCACCCGCCAUGACCUGAACAAAGCCCUCAAACCUUUGGUCACCAUUCUAUUGGUGGUGACAAUUUUCAAGGGUGUCUGGUUGGAGGGCCUAUUAAGUGUGCUCAGUUUUGGUCCAUGGUCGACCAUAGCACUGAAGGCAUUUGUGUCCUCACUAAUCGGUUUUGUUUCGUUGCAUGUGUACACAGGGUUAGCACAACAAAUUGGCAUUUGA